CGGGGAUAAACGGCGGAGUAUUUGGAACUAAACGGAGGGAAAAGGCUUUUUUCUUCUUCUUGUGAGCGGAGGAAAAGCGGCAGUCAGGCAUUAGAGGCAUGUUCCGACUCCUGUUCUUGUUGGAGCAGUUGUAGCUAGCUGACUUUACCGCCUCCGAGGGUCAACAAACGCCUUCAUAACCCGAACCUGAACCGAAGAAAACCAUCAUUUCCGUUGCUGUCGCCUGUAAUUCAGAGUUGAACAUCCUCCCGGGGAUGUGGCGUUCCGCCGCCGUCAUGUUACACAUGGUUUUCCUCCAACAGCCUUACCGAGCCACUUUGAAGCCGUUAAUGGGACAUUUGGACGCACUUUGAAACGCUUUCAAUGCCUAAAGGAACUAAACUGCUGUUGAAAGGAUGGUGAUGACAAUGCUGGGAGGAGGCCGCGGCCGAAGGUGCAGCCCUCGCUAGACUCUUCCUUCAUCUCUUUCAAACUUCAGCUUUUCCCCUCGUCGCCCAUCUACCGCUGCUUCCCCCUCCUGCGGUGCCAUGGCCAACCAUCUGGAGCUGAUCCAGGAGCUGCAGCAGCUGGACAAGGUGCCUAGUCUGGAGAGGCUGCGGGCGGCCCAGAAGCGCCGCACGCAGCAGCUGAAGAGAUGGGCCGUCUAUGAGAAGGAGAUGCAGAACAAGAAGAGGAAGGCAGACAAGAAGGGACGCAAUGCAAACAACAGCCAGCAAGCUGAGUCUAAGAGGCAUGUGUCAUUUGCUGCCAGCGUGGCGCUUCUGGAGGCAUCAGCCAGAAACGAUCCAGAUGAAGUCCGUUACCUGCUGAAGAACAAUGUGAGUCCAGACCUCUGCAAUGAAGACGGUCUCACCGCUCUGCAUCAGUGUUGUAUAGAUAACUAUGAGGAGAUGGUGAAGAUCCUGUUGGACCGAGGAGCCAGCGUCAACGCUCAGGAUAACGAGCUGUGGACGCCACUGCACGCCGCUGCUACCUGUGGCCACGCAGGCCUCGUCAAGAUCCUCAUCGCACACGGUGCUGAUCUGCUGGCGGUGAACUCUGACGGGAACAUGCCCUACGACCUGUGUGAAGACGACCCCACACUGGACAUUAUUGAGACGGCGAUGGCCAACAGAGGCAUCACCCAGGAGAUGAUCAACGAGACACGAGCUUCAACAGAGAGGAGGAUGCUGGGAGAUAUUCAGGACCUGCUGAGACAGGGAGAGGAGGUCAACCAGCAGGACUCUCAGGGAGCCACAUUGCUCCACAUCACAGCAGCGAACGGCUACGUGCAGGCUGCAGAGCUGCUGCUUGAGGGGGGAGCUCGCAUGGACCUGAGGGACUCAGAUGGAUGGCAGCCUCUUCACGCUGCAGCAUGCUGGGGUCAGAUGCAUGUGGCAGAGCUGUUAGUUUCCCAUGGAGCCAGUCUCAACGCCAAGACCUUCCUUGAGGAAACUCCUAUUGAUCUGUGUGAGGAUGAGGAGUUCAGAGCCAUCUUACUGGACCUCAAACACAAACAUGACAUAAUCAUGAAGUCACAGCUCAAACACAAGACCUCACUGUGCAGGCGAACGUCCAGUGCAGGCAGUCGUGGAAAAGUGGUUCGGCGAGCCAGUCUGUCAGACAGACACAACCUGUGUCGUAAAGAGUAUGAGACCGAGGCCAUCGUGUGGAGAGGAGGGAGAGAGGAAGAGGAGGAGAAGGAGAAGGAGUCUGAUCAGGAGAAUAACCAGGUCAAACCAGUUGUGGCUGUGGAGCUGCCAGACAAACCCAAGCUGCCCACCAUCCUCAAAGAUGGCAACGGUAAACAGAACGGCCUCAUCUCCACGACAACGUCCACUCCGCCGCAGCCACCCUCCAAUGGCAACACGCCGCCAUCUGACAAGGGCGGGCUCAUCUCCACGCCACCCGCCCAGGAGGACACCUGGCCUCGAGAGCGUCCUCAGACUCUGUCGGAGCUCAAGAAACAGAGGGCCGCUGCAAAACUGCUCAACCACCCGCUGUUCAACGGUCACCUUGGCAACGGCUCCACAGACUCCUUCACUGAUGCCAAAAACAAUUCAGAAGAUCCCCGCAUGCCGCUGGUCUCUUCCAAUGGCAACGCGGUUUACUACACGCCGGCCAGUGGUGACCCGCCCCUCCUUAAACUGAAGCAACCAAUAGAAGAAGAGCAGCCGAAGGCACGGACCUGCUGCUGCGUGUCAUAGCAUCCUGGUCAUGUGACUGUUGAUGGAACAGGAAGUGUUUUUGUAUGCAGGGGUUGGGAGGAAGACUUCCUGUUCCUCCGCAUUUUAAACUUCUUCCGCAGAGGACAAUGUCCUGCUGGUUACAGAAGAAGUUCUGAAACUCAUCUGUUUGUCCCUGCCAUGUGCCCGUGUGACUCCUACUAAACAUAGAAAGCCCCUCCCCCAAACACAGGCAGGUUGGAAGUGUAGCAGAAAGAGGAAAGGAACUGAGCAGUGGCCCUUUGCUGCAGCAGGCAGAUUCACAGAUUCUGAACCAGAGAAGCCGACUGGAUACAAACCAGAGGCUCCAGACCUGCUGUCCUUCAGCGCCUUCAACAAAUUAAGUGUGGACGGUAUUUUUUAAACUUUUCAUCUGCAAAGGGUAACAAUUUUGAUCUCAAGGUACUGCAUGUUCUACCAUCAGAUGUAGAUAGCUUUUUCUUUUUAUUUUUUUUCAUUAAAUCCCACCAAAUGGAAGGUUAUCAUGUAAUCAAACACGCAUCUGAUUCAGCACAAACACACAUCACUGUUAUGCCGCAGUGUUCUGCUUUUUGCCAUAAUCUUGUCACUUUGAAAUGUGCAGGAAGGCCAUUACAGAGCAGUCAACAUGUUGUACUACAAGGUUUCUGCAAGUCUAACUAUAAAAAGCCUUAAAACAUCCAAAAUCUCAAAGAUCUUAAAAUAUUUUCAGUACAAAUCUGACAGCCCAUAAAUAUCAAUUGCAUUGUGAAGUUAAUGCUAAUUUCUCACUUUUAAGCACAGUAUGUAAUUUAUCAAGGCUCAGUCAAAACAAUACAUUUAAAAAAGGUAUAAAAAAAAAUAUUGAUGUAGGGGUUUUCACCAUCUUUGCAGAUUCAUUUCUGUCCAACAAAAUUCUAAAUAGAAAUCUGUAAUUUUACUCAAUGUAAAGACCCUUUUCAUUUGAUCUUGUGUCAGUCACAUCCACUUUACUCAUGAUAAUGGUUAACAUUACUCAUUGCUAUUUUAUUAGAAUGAAAUCAAAUACAUACAGUGUGAAUUACUGUUAUAUACUCUGUCAGAUAGUGAAAGUAUGAUCCCCCACAUUCAGUUAUUAUUUCAGCUGAGGUAUCCUUUUGUCAGUGUUGUUUUCACUGAGUAAAAUCAGACAAAACUAAAUCUAAAGUCAUUUUGAAGCCAAAAAAAAAAAUGUGAAGGUGAAAAUGAUAAAAACAUUAGGGUGGGAUGAUUUUGGACAUUGGAUCCAAACAGGACUCAUCCUGUGUCGUAUCAGAUGGUAGAUGCACACAACUGAAUCUACUGACUUGAACAAAAAACACUGUUCCAUGACUCAUGAACUAAAAAAGUGACUAGAUUAAAACAAACAGUUCUGAUGAUAAAAACUUGUCUAAAACGGUAUUUUAGUCAAAAGACUGUGACUAAAAAUAAAUCAAACUUGUUUGUCAAAAUUAACACUGCCCCUAGUGGCAGAAGUCACAUACUGUGCAUUAAGUGACAUUUGUUAUGGUCUUGAAAAUGUCUGAAAUAUAACAUGUUGAAACCUGUUGUACAUCAGAGUACAUAUCUCAAAUAGCAAAACGUAGCAAAAACAAAUCUGUGAAAUCCCUUUUUGGUGACAUGCUGCCUGCAAAAGUAAAGGGAAGGAAUGCCAUAAAUCAGUGUUAAACCAUUCAGGAAGUGUACUUCAACAGAGAACAAUAACAGGAAAUAGUAUUAUUAUUGUUAUUAUUGUUAUUACUGCACUAGUGUUUGAAACGGUCACUGUACUCCACUUCACCGUCCUCUCAUCAAACCUAAACUGACAGAUCUCGCUCCGUUUGUGUAAUCCACACUGCGCUCGCUCGUAGACAUAAUUUAAAUAAGCAUUGUUGAGAGUUUACUGUACAUUUCUUUAUUUAUGAAUUUAAUGUAAUGUGUAAAAAAAACAAAAGAAGCAUAUUAUGGUUCCUAAAGUUGAGUAUAUUUAUUAUUUGGAUGGUGUGUGAAGAGUGUGAAUGCAAUGUUAAGAUGAGCCGGUGAAUCUACUGGUCAAAGCACCUUCUGACAUGGAAAAAGAGAAACUGAUCAAGUGAAGUGAAGGAUAACUGUGUGUUAUAUAUAUGUGUUAUUAAAAACACACCUACGAGCCAUUCUGUUACAGUAGGGUGGUUGUCAGUGUGUCACUACAAAUAACAGUGUUAUUUGUGUAUAUUUCUUUCCCUUCAGUGGCCAUUGUGUGGCUUUCCCUCUCCCAAGUCACUGUAUUUGUCUCCUGAACAUAAACUGUAAAUCUUAAGCAUUGAAUUAUUGUAAGUAUAAUGCAUUUUCAUAUAACAUGACCUCUAUGCUUUUAAAAAGAACACAUUAGUCCCCGGUUGUAUUUGUGUGUAGCAAGCUCACACUGUCAUGUUCCUGUUCUGAAAACGACUGCAUUUCUGUUGUGAAUUCACCAGCUCAAACAGGCUCUAGAAGCAGUUGGUUUCAUUGUGUCACAGCUCCUUCGAUUUCCCUUUAAGUGCCAAAGAGUCUUCCAUAAUGAACCAUAUGGAUAUCUGAAAAUUAAAAGAUGUUGUUGUCAGAUUACCCAGAAUACCACAACCAUGCGAUCCCGGU